UGAAUAAGGAUCCCAGCAAAUAAUCACCACAAUGUGCCGUCCAAAACUGAAGUUUAUAAGUUCAUUUGUUUAUUGCUUUCGAGGCCAAGGAUCCCCAAAUAUCUUAGUUUAAUUAUACAUUCGUAUUUCAGACAGCCUGACCAUGACGAGUACAUGGGUUUUUUAUCUCUUGAUUUUGCUACUCAUUCUAUCUGUUUUCGUAACGUUUAAGAUAAACUAUGGGGUUAACAAGAAUCUGCCUCCUGGUAAUAUGGGGUGGAUUUUUGUUGGACAAACUAGAGAAUGUCUGAUGAAUAUCCAUGGCUUUGUGCAGAAGAGGCAUAAUAAAUAUGGAAAACUAUUUAAAACACAUAUUUUUGGAUGCCCUACUGUUAUUUGUGCUGAUCUGGAAGUCAGCAGAUCUCUACUGUUGAGUGACGUGAGUAGAGGGCUUGUUCCUGGCCAUCCCAAGUCAUUUAUGGAUUUGAUGGGCAAAUGGAACAUUAUAGCAGUGCAGCAUGACCUUCAUAGGAGAAUGCGAGGAGCUGUGUUGUCCUUUAUAAAUGGGGACACUUUGAAAGGGCGAAUUCUAGCUCAAAUUGAUGACUUUGUUCGAUUGAAUCUCAGCGACUUAGGUGGAAAAAUUGUUCAUAUGCAUGAGAAGUGCAGAGAUAUGGCAUUUUAUUUCUGGGCACGGAAGGUGAUCUGUUUGAAGAAAGAAUCAGAGAUUGAGGAUCUCAAGAAAGAUUACUUUGAGCUAGCUGAUGGCUUGUAUCGUGUUCCUCUUGAUCUUCCUUUCAGCCGAUAUAGAAAGAGCUUGCAGGCAAGAAAGAGAAUUGUUGUGAAGCUAGGAGAGAAGGUUCGUGAGAGAAGAAAGCUCCCUCUGGAUUUCCAUGACGAUUUGCUUGCAGAAGUGCUUCGUGGAGAGAUCAAUGGAAAUGUCAAGACAAAAUUAAGCGAUGAACAAAUUCUAGAUUUUCUAGUUGGCACUAUUUUCGCUGGAUAUGACACCACAGCCAACACCAUGAUGAUGACAAUCAAGUUGCUCCAUGACUUCCCCAAAGCUUUGCAAGAUCUUAGGUUGGAGCACCAAGGCAUUAUCAGUAGAAAAAGUUCAUCUGAAGAGAGAUUAUCUUGGGAAGAUUACAAAUCAAUGCACUUUACUCAGAAGAUAAUACAGGAGACAAUUAGAGCGGCAAAUGUAGUUCCUGCAACUAUUAGAAAAGCAACCAAAGAUAUAGAAAUACAAGGUUAUAUGAUUCCCAAGGGAUGGAAAAUGCUACUUUGCCUGACAGAAACAAAUGCAAAAACAAAUUCAUCUGAAAAUUCAGCUGUAUUCGACCCCUGGAAAAUGAAGAAUGGAAAUUUGAUGGCAUUUGGAGGAGGAAGCAGGAUGUGUCCUGGAAAGGAUUUGGCAAUGUUAGAGAUGUGUGUUUUUCUUCAUCACUUUCUCACACGCUACCAGUGGGAAGAAAUCGAAAGCAACAUUAGUUUUAUAGUAUUCCCUGGAAUACAAACUUCUAAAGUAAUGCGGAUAAGAUUGAGUGAUCAUGUUGACAAUGUGUAGUAAAAUUUAAGGGAGAGUAAAUAAUUAGUAUAUUUGACAUUUAUUGUUAAAAUAUGUGAUUAUUAUUAUAU